AUGGAACAACAAAACAAAAAAAGAAAGCGCAAUGAAGAUCCAACAACUGCGCGACAAGAAAUUCUAUCACCCAUAAUUUUCCUUGCGCGGGGUGUCAAGGCUGAUACACGAUUCACGGUGUUCAGACAAGAAUUCCACUUGCAUUCUUCCGGUCUCAAACAUCACUCCAGUUACUUUCGCACGUUUCUUGAUUCAGUCGAUAAACAGCCUGCGUCCGCUUCUGCGCUAUUCAAGUAUGACUAUCGCUCUGUUGUUGAUGAAGAUGGAAGUUGGGCUUUGAUGCCAGUUUCAGAUUCAUCAGAGAUAACAGGCCAACAGAUGACUCUUGUCGAUGGAGUCAAAGAAGAAACUGAAGCCCUUCGAAAACUACUUUGUGCCAUUCACUCAAAAAAAUAUAGAAUUGAGACCGCAGAUGAGCUCAAAAGACUCACGUGCUUAGCUGAUUACUAUUGUGCUCUGCCGGUGGUUUCAGGAACCUUGACUGGAGCUUUGUUCAGGAGCAGUAUGUUUCAAUUCUUAGCUCCACGAUACGAUGCCGCCGUAGAAUGCGAAUGUCACGAUGAGUCUGUAUCCUUACUUUUGCUAGCCCGCAAACUUCGCCAUGGAUUGCUUUUCAGAGAAUGUUUGAUCCAUACAGUCGGGAGAUGGGAUUCUCUCUCAGAUAUUGAGAAGAGACAAAUCGAAGAAGACCAAAGCCUAUACACACUGGUGCAAAUCAAGCUUAAAGUCUUGUAUGAGCUUCUUGCCAAGACUCAAGGUGCACUACUUUGGGCCGUUGUCGAGGGAAAAUUCAAGGUUCUCAAGACUGCUGUUGGACGUUCCUUUCCGACACCAUUGAUCGGCGGAAUUCUUUCGGUGUACAGAGCUCUGAGUGAAGAGAGUUCAUUCUACGAUCUCCUCAAAGAGGUGGAAACAAUGGAACUAAGUGUUCUUAUGUUCUCGGUAAUCAAAAAUAAUCUUGCUUUGGGCUGCUCACGGCAGGAUCCAGGGAAAGUGGGUGGUAUUUUUGAAAAAACAUUUCUAUGUACCGAAAUAGAAGAUGAUGAAUUCCCAUGGGAUUUGGAGGAAAUAGAUUGGUAG